GCAAACUCGCUUCUGAUCCGGCCAAGCACCGGUCUGAGCACCACGGAGAUGGCUCCCGUCGGAGGCAAAAAGGCCAAGAAGGGCAUCCUAGAACGUUUAAACGCUGGAGAGGUUGUGAUUGGAGAUGGAGGGUUUGUCUUUGCUCUGGAGAAGAGGGGCUACGUGAAGGCAGGACCCUGGACCCCAGAAGCUGCUGUGGAGCACCCUGAGGCAGUUCGCCAGCUUCAUCGAGAGUUUCUUAGAGCUGGAUCGAAUGUUAUGCAGACCUUCACCUUCUAUGCCAGUGAAGACAAGCUGGAGAACAGGGGAAACUAUGUCUUGGAGAAAAUAUCCGGGCAGAAAGUCAAUGAAGCAGCUUGUGACAUCGCCCAGCAAGUGGCUAAUGAGGGAGACGCUUUGGUUGCAGGAGGUGUGAGUCAGACACCUUCAUACCUCAGCUGCAAGAGUGAAACUGAAGUUAAAAAAAUCUUUCACCAGCAGUUAGAAGUCUUUAUGAAGAAGAAUGUGGACUUCCUUAUUGCAGAGUAUUUCGAACAUGUUGAAGAAGCUGUGUGGGCAGUGGAAGCCUUAAAGACAUCUGGAAAACCAGUGGCAGCCACCAUGUGCAUUGGCCCCGAAGGAGAUCUGCAUGGCGUGCCCCCUGGCGAGUGUGCAGUGCGCCUGGUGAAAGCAGGAGCCUCCAUCGUCGGUGUGAACUGCCACUUUGACCCCACAAUUAGUUUACAGACGGUGAAGCUCAUGAAAGAGGGCUUGGAGGCCGCAGGGUUGAAAGCUUACCUGAUGAGCCAGCCCUUGGCCUACCACACUCCCGACUGCGGCAAACAGGGAUUUAUUGAUCUCCCAGAAUUCCCGUUUGGAUUGGAGCCCAGAGUUGCAACCAGAUGGGAYAUUCAAAAAUAUGCCAGAGAGGCCUACAACCUCGGGGUCAGGUACAUCGGUGGGUGCUGUGGAUUUGAGCCCUACCACAUCAGGGCAAUUGCAGAGGAGCUGGCCCCAGAAAGGGGAUUUUUGCCACCAGCGUCUGAAAAACAUGGCAGCUGGGGGAGUGGUUUGGACAUGCACACCAAACCCUGGAUUAGAGCAAGGGCCAGGAAGGAAUACUGGCAGAAUCUUCGGAUCGCCUCCGGCAGGCCCUACAACCCCUCCAUGUCAAAACCGGAUGCCUGGGGUGUGACCAAAGGAACCGCUGAGUUGAUGCAGCAGAAGGAAGCCACCACCGAGCAGCAGCUGAGAGAGCUCUUUGAAAAACAAAAAUUCAAAUCGACACAGUAGUCACAAUGCAAUUAUUUUUGGCGAAUUCCUCUAUGUUUGGGCCCCAAUGCGUACAAAUAAGGAAAAGAUGRUUAGAAGGCAAUGCUUAUGUUAAUGCCAGCCUACACGUAUAAUUGGUAUCAGCUAAACAAAGUAGAAUUACAAAUAGCACUUGACAGUUCUAAAAGUAUGUUUUAGAAGUUUAGUUAGAAGCAAAAAAAUUUUUWAAAAAAAAGAAAGAAAAAAGAAAUUUCAAACAGGUUUCCUAAGCACCCACUGUGUUUAAGGUAUUAUGAAAAUCUUUGCAUCGAAGAAAGGUAAUUCAGUUAGGCUUGGUUGCCCACACCUGUGAUCCUGACUCAGGAGGCUGAGGCAGGAGGAUUGCGAGUUUGAGGCCAACCUUAACAACUUCAU